AUGUUCAGGAAGAUCCACUCAAUCUUCAGCUCUGGCCCGCAGAGGAAGGCGGAGGCCGAGAGCCCGUACUACGGCGGGGCCAGCCCCGUGGUGCGGCUCAUUCGCAGCAGCUCCAUGUACGUGGUCGGGGACCAUGGAGAGAAAUUUAGCGAGUCCCUGAAGAAGUACAAGAGCACCAGCAGCAUGGACAGCAGCCUGUACUACUUGCAGCACGAGGAGGACCGGGCGUGGACGUACUCGCGCACCCAGGACUGCCUGCAGUACUUGCAAGAGUUGCUGGCCUUGCGCAAGAAAUAUCUCAGCAGCCUCAAUGACCUGAAGCCCAGCCGGGCCCGGGAGCUUUCCUCCACUUCCUCCAAGUCCUCUAAGGGGGGAAAAAAGGCCGUCGUUCAGUCACCUCGUAAAGAAAUAAAGAAAGCAACUCCCAAGAAGUACUCUCAGUUCAGCGCGGACGUGGCAGAGGCCAUAGCUUACUUUGACGCCAUUAUCGCGGAGCUGGACACAGAGAAGCGGCCCCGUCCGGCUGAGGCCGGCCUGUCCAACGAGGACGUGGACUUUGAUGUGGCCACCAGCUCCCGAGAGCACAGCUUGCAUUCCAACUGGAUCCUUCGGGCGCCACGGAGACACUCUGAGGCCAUCACUGCCCGUGCCGUGCACACGCUGGAUGGCCAGCUUCGCAAGAGCAGCGAGUGGAGAACCAUCGGAACCCAGAGGAGACUUGAGAGGCACCCCAUUUACUUGCCCAAGGCUGUGGAAGGGGCAUUCAACACUUGGAAGUUUAAGCCCAAAGCCUGCAAAAAAGGCCUGGGGAGAUCCAGACAGAUCCUCUUCAACCUCUCAGGAGAAGACAUGGAAUGGGAUGCUGAGUUCUUUGCCCUGGAGCCCCUGGCGUCUUCAGGGGAGGACGACUAUGAGAUGUAG